AUGCACCUGAUCAAGUUCGUUGUGGCCGCUCUUCCGGCUCUGGCCCUUGCCGAUACCAGCGCCGCUCCCACCACCUUGACCACGAUUUGCACUGCAACCACCAAGUUGGUCAAGACCGUAACGCUCUCCCGUGCUUGCACCGUCACCUCAACCUAUGGUUACAACACCAGCGCUGCUUACUUUCCCACUGGCAGUUUGAAAUCUAUCUACACCGCUCCUGCCUUGACCACGGUGAAAGGGACACCGAUUCCAGUUCCCACGGCGAAUCCUACGCGGGGACCGGCCAACGCCGCCGGCGCUUUGGACGCUGCCAAGAUUGCCUUUGCCGGUAUUGCUGGUAUGGCUAUUGUCGCCAUGAUGUAA